AUGAAAAUUGUCUGUGGAAAAGCCAUGGGAAAACCGGUUUCAUCGUUUAGACGUUCAACUGCCAGUCGGUGGGGUCGUCUAAGAGGUCGUCUUUGCCUCGAGGUGGCUUUGAACUUCUGGAGAGGUUGCGCUCUUUGCUUUCGGUUUUGAUCAAAUCCAGGGUUCGAAUGCAUUGGUUAGUUUAGUAUGCUCGAGAAAAUGGCGAUGACGGUGGACGGCGGCGGCAAAGAAGAGCUCAAAACCCAGUUCAUGACGAGAGAAGGGACUUACAGGCUCAUGACCCUCUCGGAAUAUUCUAGGCCCAACAGAGUAGGCUACACGAAUAUACAGGGCAGCACCUCUGUCAGGGUAUCGUUCGUCACUUUGCCCGAUCCGAACGGGAACGGUGACAGGAUUUGCUUCAACAUCGGACGUGAACUCUACGUUUUUAUUUAUAAAGGAGUUAAAACGGCUGCUGAUUUAACGAAGCCAGUUGAUAAAAAAAUGUAUAAAGGUACUAAUCCAACAUGCCAUGACUUCAACACCGUAAGCAUGACAGCCGAUUCUGUAUCUCUAUUAGUCGGUUUCUCUACAGGUCAAGUACAGUUGAUCGAUCCGAUUAAAAAGGAGCUUAGCAAAUUAUACAAUGAAGAGAGGCUUAUAGAUAAGAGCAGAGUUACGUGUAUUAGAUGGGUUCCGGAUUCUAGCAAUUUAUUUUUGGUUUCCCACAGCAGUGGACAACUUUAUUUGUACAACGAGGAGUUGCCUUGUGGUACAUCACCUCCACACUACCAAGUUUUCAAACAAGGAGAAAGUUUCACUGUGCAUACUUGUAAAACAAAAAGCACCCGCAACCCCCUUUAUCGUUGGGUUAUUGGAAACGAAGGGGUCAGCAUAAACGAAUUUGCUUUCUCACCGUGUGGCACUUAUUUAGCAGUUGUAUCUCAAGAUGGAUUUUUACGAGUUUUCUAUUAUGACACGAUGGAAUUAGUAGGCAGUGCCAGGAGUUAUUUCGGUGGUUUCUUGUGCGUUUGUUGGUCACCAGAUUGUAAAUACAUAGUAGUCGGUGGUGAGGAUGAUUUAGUGACAGUUUGGAGUUUCCACGAGAGAAGAGUUGUUGCAAGAGGACAAGGUCAUCACAGUUGGGUGAGUGUUGUAGCCUUUGAUCCGUACACUUCUGCAAUAGGAAACAUUUCAGAAUGGAAUGAAAAUUCAAAUUCGGAGACUAAAGUGGACACUUGUUAUAGAUUAGGCUCAGUAGGUCAAGACACUCAGUUGUGUUUGUGGGAUAUAACAGAUGAUGUGUUAAGGCAAAAGCCUGCAAAUCGGACUAGAUCAAGUGUAAUCAGUGGCUCUGUCUCAUCAAGUUUGAACAAUACUCAUAAGACUUCCAAUGCUAUUUUUAACAAAGAAAAAGAAACUAGUGAACCUAUCACCAGUUUUACUCAAAGGCUUGGUAUCGGCUUUGAUAGAAAAGAUAAUGUGGGCCACAAACGUAGUCUCUCGAAAGGUGCAUCUAUUCAUAUAUCAAAUAAUUUUUCUGACGAUCCAAUGAAAUUAAUCGGGACCAACAGUUGCCCCCGUUUUGACGAAUGUCCUCUAAUGGAACCAUUAGUUUGCAAAAAAAUUGCCCAUGAAAGAUUAACAGCACUCGUGUUUAGGGAGGAUUGUUUUGUGGCCGCAUGUCAGGACGGUUAUGUUUAUACAUGGGCACGGCCUGGUAAAAUGGUCAGUGAUAGUGAAUUUGUCACAUUUUCCUAAUACAAAAUAAUCAAUGUAAAUAUAACUUUCCAGCUUUGGAAAUUCCUUAAUGUUAAAUACAAUAGGGAAACAAAAGUGAAAAAUACUGCACAGCAGAAACUGCAAUGUGUAGUAUAAUUUUGUACCUGAACAUAGCCAACCAAAAAACUUAAAGGAUAUAUUUAUAAAUAAAUAGGUAAUAAUUUUAAAAAGUAAACAUUAAAAGUCGGGAUCUAAAAAAAAAAUAUUGAUUUACUACAAAAUCAGUUGUAAUCGGCUGGUUUGUAAAAAAAAAUAUUGUAUUACUUUAUCAGUUAGGUUUUAAUUUAAUCAGUUGACGAAAUCCAAUAUAAUUGGAGAUCUAAACAUACCAUGCAUUUUGAUUGUUGUAAAUUACUUAUGUUAAGUAUUUAAUUAAUUUUUCUCUUCAUAGUCAUUGUCAUUAUUAAAAUAUUAAGUAUUAGCAAUGGUCAUUCAAGCGAGGAUAAACAUUUAUCUGUUUUCAAAUUAUCCAACUCAUAAUGCAAUAGGAUAAAAACUCUUGUGAAGUGUUUUGACAAAUAUUUCCAUUUUUAUUCUAUGGAAAUAAAAAUUACAAUACGCUUGGUAAUAGAAACAUUUCAUUGUGUUCACAUUGGUGCAACUGAUAAUACAGUUGUACUUCUACUUUAUCAACAUCAUAUAAUAAGUCCCUAGUACUUAUUUAUGUUGUUAAUUAUAGAAAAGGAAAAUGUUAAACCAAAAUUUCUGUGGACCAAAAAACGAAAUUCAACCUUCAAAAUUUGAAAAAUGUGUACUUGUCUAACAACAUUGACCAUUGCAGAAAGGAAAAUAACCAAAAUAAGAGUUACAAUAUUAAUACGAGUCAUUUAUUGAACAGUUUUCACUGUAAUAUGUGUAUAUUUUGGUUAUACUACUUUUCCUUUUAUCAAUCUUAAACAACUGAGCUGAUUAUAUUUGGAAAUAUAUGAAUUUAUGAUGGAGGAGUUUGUUUUAUUUCAUUUUUAUGUUGAAAGUGUAAAGUUCAUCUACUUACAUGGAAAAAAUAUUUUUUUUUUUU